CAAAUGCUCUCCAACAAGUAUACCCAAUUCCUUUCCUGAUAGAUUCUUCACAGUAUUAUCAAAUAAAAUUCAAUUGGGUUUCUCCUUGGAAUCAAGUUCCUUGUUAAACAUCCAUGUGAUUCCUUACCUUUCCUUCCAUAAAGGUUACUCGAACCUUUCAAAAACCAGCCAAAUUCAAACCUUUUUUCACAUAUAUACCCCCCUUGAGCUUGUACACAGAAUCAUAACACCCAGAUUAUGCCAAAACAAAACAUGGGUUCUCUCAACUAUAGGAUUUUGUUAAUGCUGUGCAUAAUUAGUGAAGUUUUUGCAGUAGGCGUUUUUGGGUUUGCAGUCAACUGGGGAACCCGUUCCACACAUCCAUUUCCACCUAACAUAGUUGUGAAGCUCCUCAAGGAAAAUGGAUUUAACAAAGUGAAGCUCUUUGAAGCUGAUCCUGGGGCUCUUAAGGCUCUUGCAAAGUCUGGUAUAGAGGUUAUGCUUGGUAUACCAAAUGAAUUCCUAGCGCCUCUUGCCGACAGUGUUCAAUUUGCGGAGAAUUGGGUUACUCGCAAUGUAUCUGCCUAUGUCACAUCUGGGGUGAAUAUAAGGUACGUGGCAGUGGGAAAUGAGCCAUUUCUAAAAACAUACAAAGACAUGUACCUCCAAACGACACUCCCAGCCCUCCAAAACAUCCAAGCAGCUCUCAUAAAAGCCGGGUUGGGCAAGCAAGUGAAGAUCACCGUCCCAUUAAACGCCGACGUUUACCAAACAGAUUCGGGCCUUCCCUCUGGAGGCAACUUCAGAAACGACAUCCAUGACCUCAUGAUCUCCAUCGUCAAAUUCCUCAGCAUCAACGGUGCUCCUCUCACCAUCAACAUCUACCCUUUUCUCAGCCUCCAAAGCGACCCUCACUUCCCAAAAGAGUACGCCUUCUUUGGGUCCAAAUCUAACCCAAUUGUGGAUGGUUCCAUCACUUACUACAACGUUAUGGAGGCCAAUUUCGACACACUAAUUACAGCGCUUGAGAAAAAUGGGUUUGCCUCCAUGCCCGUUAUUAUUGGAGAAAUGGGCUGGCCAACCGAUGGUGACCCAAGUGCCAAUAAUGAGCUGGCCCAAAGGUUCAACCAAGGCCUUUUUGAUCAGAUAGUCCAAAAGCAAGGCACGCCCAAGCGUCCCACUUUGCCUGAGAUCUAUGCUUUUGCACUUAUUGAUGAGGAUGCCAAGAGUAUUGAUCCAGGGAAUUUUGAGCGUCAUUGGGGUAUUUUUAACUUUGAUGGGACUAUCAAGUAUGGUUUGGAUUUGGGUAAUGGUAAAAGUUUGGUCCCGGCAAAAGGGGUGAAAUAUUUGGCUAGGCAAUGGUGCGUUAUGUCACCGGAGGCUAACAUUUUGGACCCUAAUUUGGGACCAAGUAUUAGUUAUGCGUGUACUUAUGCGGAUUGCACUAGUCUUGGAUAUGGCUCCUCUUGUGGCAUGCUUGAUGCUAGGAGUAACGCUUCUUAUGCUUUCAAUAUUUAUUAUCAGACAAUGAACCAAAGGAAAGACGCUUGUCAAUUCAAUAACUUGUCAAUGAUCACAACCGCAGAUCCAUCGCCGGCGGCUCCCGGCAAUAGUAGAAAUAGUUCGUGUCGGUUCGAGAUUAUGAUUGACAUAGGGAAACACGAGCUCGCUCGGUCCCCAUCGUCGAAUUUAGGGCUCGUAAACCGCAAGUCCCGCAUUGUCGCUAUGACGAGUCUCCUUGUAUUAGUGUCCAUGUUGUUUGGUUGA